AUGUCUUCCGAGACUGAUUUCGCCGAGUUUUCGGCUAUGUUCGAGAGAAUGAUCGAAGGAGGCGAAGGUCUCUCUAGAUUCUUACCGGUGAUUUUAGCUUUGGCCGGAGAAGCCGAUGAGGACGAAGAGUCGACCGAUCAGACGACGGGACACAGAGAGAUCGUCAUCGAUCCGGUGAACCGGAGAGUGGUUAUGAUCAGAUCGGCUUUGGGACCCGGCGAUUUCUUCAACGGCAACGUUUUAGGGAAACAGGGACGAUCGCCGGCGUCGAAAGCAUCGGUGGAGAGUAUGCCACGUGUCGUGAUCGGAGAAGAUAAGGAGAGAGGAGGGUCAUGCGCGAUUUGUCUUGAGGAGUGGUCGGAAGGUGACGUGGCUGCGGAGAUGCCUUGUAAGCACAAGUUCCACUCCAAGUGUGUGGAGGAGUGGUUGGGGGUUCACGCCACGUGUCCUCUGUGCAGGUACGAGAUGCCCGUUGAACAAGAACAAGGAGAGAAGAAAAUCGGGGUUUGGAUUGGGUUCUCUGUCAACGGCGGCGAAAGAAGAAGCGCAGAAGACGGAGGAAGAAGACGACAAAGUAACGGUGACUCGAACCCUCGAGAUGCGACAGAGGAUUAG